AUGGGUUACGCAAUUCUGCCAGCGCUGAUUCCCGACAUCGAGAAAGUGUAUGACUCCUAUUUCAAAGCCUUCACUGGUGACGAGAUGGGAGAGAUCAUGGUCAAAGUUCUGUUUCCCAACGGCAUAGACUCUGAAGAGUUCCGCAAGGCGCACACGGCUGGCACUUUGGCUUGGUGGCAUCAUAGCAACUGCCAAUACACCUACAAGUGUGUCGAUACGGAGACUGGUGAGAUAGUCGGCAUGGCCUUGGGAGACAUCUACCUAAAGGAGCGGACUGAAGAGGAGCGCAAGAAUCAUGGUGUUGGCUGGCUUGAAGGCAAGGAUAGAGAGCGUGCCGAGGCUGUUCUCAACCCCCUGCAUGAGGCUAGAGAGAAGCUGUUUGGCGGGCGCCGCUACAUCUACUCCCACGUUAUUGCCGUCGACCCCAAGCAUCAGGGGAGGAAGGCAGGCGCGCUCUGGUGUAAGUGGGGAGCGGAACUCAGCGACAGCCUGGGUCUCCCUCUGUACUUCGAGUCAUCUCCUUCCACAUACAAGCUGUACGAGAAGAUGGGCUACGAGACUCUGGAUGAGAAGAUUGUUCACAGCGCGGAACUAAUGGGACAGGCGGAAGACACAAUUGUGCCCCUCAUGGUCAAGAUGCCUGCAUGUGCAGGGGGUAUGACUUUCAAAGAGUGGCGUGCUGCCGGAUAUCCCUCUUUCAGCGAGGUCGAGAGACUUCCGGCCGCUCCCGUAGUCGAUACAAUUGGUGCCGACAAUAAGGCCAGCAAUGGUGCCAUGGCUGUGGAGGUCCAGGUCCAGGAGGUACAUGUCUAA